UCUAGCGCAUAUCCACCACAACUUUAUUCACUAGUUAGCAGAUGGAUCCUUUCACCAAAAAGGGAAGACUUGCUGUCAACUAACCAAAGAUAUGUUAGCAUGAGUAGGAUCAUAUUUGGAAAAAAUAAUGUACCUUAUAUAAGGUUCUGACCAACUGUUGGCAGUGGAUUCGAUUUUAGUUUUUUUUUCUCCUGAAACCAAACAAUGUUUUACUCCCUUUUUAGACCACUGAGUUUUACAUAAUCUGUUAUAGGAUAUAAGUGAAAACUUUCUAUCUUAUUCAGUUACUCUACUUGAUUCUUUUCUUCUCGUGAUACUUUAGACUACUGAGUUUUACAUAUUGAUUAUUUUCAUGAUAAACUAGGACACCAAAGUGUGUGCAUUAGAAUGGGUUGUCACUUUACCCUGGUUUUCUAUUGGUGGCCAACCCACCGAUCCUCGGCUUGUUCAACUGCUUCCUAUUGGAGUUCUGCUCACAACCAUUUGUAGCUAAAAUCCUAGCAAUGGUGGCUGUCUCCCUCUCACUGCUUGCUUCUUCUCUAUCAGAUGAGCACCUCCUUCAUUCUUACAGGCUGCAACCCCUCCCCAUCUAUUAAAAGUUGCCCAGGACCGUUACCUCUUCCUUCCCUCUGCUCUGCCGUGCUUUUUGCUCUGCUCUACUACUUUGGGAAGGGAAGAAAGGAGGUGCAUAGGCUUAAGAAUUGGCUGCAACAAGGUAGAUAUGUACUACAAAAUUUGGUGACAUUGUAUAGGCUAGGAUGUGUGUAAGGUGUCAUCUUGACUCACACCUUAAACACCUAGGGUCCUAGGCAUCUGAAAGGGGGUGGGCCACCUUGAUUUGCCUUGCGAACAGUAGAUUAAGCCCCUAACUAUAAAUGUGAAAGUCCCAUAUAACCAAUGAGUAAUUUGAGCAUUUCGACCUCAAAUAUUUUGAAGUUGCAUACAUACCAAUGUAAACUUGGUUGUUUGCAACAGUGCCAUGCCAAACCAUAGCUGAGCAAAUGUGACACGUUGCAAUAUAGAUUAGCUCAAAAAAAUGCAGUUACUUAUAUUUAAAUUUAAAAGUAGGAUAUGAUAAACUGAUAACUGAUAAAAAAGACCUUCCUGAGCUUCAGAAUCUGAUCCUUUUUGUGUUGGCAUCAUGCUUACCAUUGGGCUCUGUGACAACUUUGUAGUGUUGGGGCUAUGUUUGCACAUGGAAUUACAUCACAUAUCACAUUUUGUGGCGUAUGCUCAAUGGCAGAUUUAGUGACAAAUGGUAUAGAGUAUACAUGAGUAGCGCUACCAAAUGUAGACAUGCGAAGAAAUAAGUUUUCUCACUCAAGGUGUUGGUAUAGCAUAAUGUAUAUUUGAUGUUUAUUUUAUCGGUUAAAUCAAAUUGUGCUAACAUGAUCCCAAGUCUUCCACUGCCAUGCUUUUUGGUUAUGGCCACUUCCAAGGGACGAGCGCAUGCAUGUCUGGUUCUGGGAACAGUUUAGAGUGCAUGCAUGUCUGGUUCUGGCAACAGUUUAGACACUGUUGCCCUCAUCGUAGGCGGAGGCAGCGACAGCAGUGGCAUCGUGGGAAGGAAACGAAGGCGUUGCGAUCUGAUUCGUGAAAGGUGGUGUUGUCUUUGUCCGGUGUGGUGCAAAGAAGCACAGGAGGUGGUGGUUCCUGGGAGGGGCAGGAAUGGUGCAAGGCAGAGAGAUGGGGGAGGUUGUGCUCUUGGGUAGGCUGCAUUGGGCUAAUAUUAAGGUUGCAGAGGUUCUUUACUAGCUCUGGUCUAACUUCGGGCUAUUCUAUCAAGUAGUCCAAACAGGCUUCUAGGGUACUAUUAGGGCAUGGAACUGUCCUUUUUCUAAGUGGUUCUGGACAGGGCCCACCCCUGGUUGAUGACAAUAGGAUGGCACAACAAUCUACACUAAUCUUAGGUUUAUUUUUCUUUCAUAACAAUGUAAGAAGUCGAGAUGUAAAAAUGCUUCAAGUCUACCUAUGUUAGGAUCUUUAUGGCGUGUCGUUCGGGCCUACAAUAUAAGGUCAUGUUGCAGCUGAAGGAUGAGCUGCUCAAAAGAAAGGGUGUUGUGUUAUGGGUAUUAGGCCAAGCGGGAGAAGGGGACACGUUACUAGUGGCAUGCAGGGCUAUAGCAUUAAAAUUAAUUAAUAUUGGAUUAAGUCUUCCUAAUUUAGAAUUUAGAGAUAGCUUAAAACUCACGCGCAUCUGUAUAUAUGUGUGUAUAUAUAGAAGAAUUUAGAGAUAGCUUAAAACUCACGCGCAUCUGUAUAUAUGUGUACAUGUAUAUAUAGACGGGGCUAUCUAUUUCAAUUAAGCACUGAAAUCAGUCUGAGUCCCAUCCAUAUUGCAGUUUUUGUUGAAAAUAGGAUUUGUGGUUGGGGAUACAGCACUACAGAAGUUCUAGGAAGAAUUUGCAAUUCUUCUGUGGAGAAAGCAGAAGAAAGAGAAACAGUAAUUCCGGUACGUGCCUUUCACUUGCAAUUCUUGCAUGGAAUAUUCAACUUUGCAUAUGAACAGGAUUCAAUAUUUUGGAUACAAUUUUUUGGGUUAUUUUAUCUCCUUCUUGAUACGGACUUCUUUAGUCCCCCCAAAAAAAAAUCAGAUUUGUUUAAUUUAGCAAAUUUAUCAAAUUCAGCUAAAGUUUGUUCAACUGUCAAAAUAGUCCAAAAAUUUCUGAAAUUUUGAAAUAUCUCUAGUUGUACUCAAAUAUACCCACCUGCCAAUUUUUUUAACCCACGGGCUUAAUAACUUUUAAGUUGUAAAUACGUACACCCCCUUGCCAAUACCCACGACACAAUUUACUCUUUCUUAAAUCUAUUCUACUUCUAGCUAUUCCAACAAUCACUCACUUUUGCUUAUUGUAGGCCAUUAGCAACACGGAGAAGAUGGGAGAAAAACAACAGAAAUCAAUCCCUAGGGACAGAAAAAGAAAAGGCGAGCUAGAUCCAGCAGCAGAUUAUGUUAAGGAUCUUUGGGAUGCUUUCUAUGUGACUGCGGAAAGCACACAUCUCGACACAUCAGAAGUGAAUAAUAAAAAACAGUUGGACAAUUGCAACCACGAUAUUCAUGUUUAUGAAGAUCUGGGCCAUGUAUGCCAUGAAUGUGGUUUGGUCGUGAGGAAAGCUGACUCAUUAUUUCACUAUCAGUGGAAAAAGGCUUCAAGGAAAAGAACAAAUGUGAAUGAGGUUUGCUUGAAGAAGGUAGGCUCUGAUGCUAUUAGUCUCUCUGAAGAUUUCAUAUUUUCAGAUAUUGCCAUUCAUCCAAGACAUGCCAAGAAUAUCCGGCCUCAUCAGUUGGAAGGAUUCAAAUUCCUGGUUAAUAACUUGGUCACUGAUGAACCUGGAGGCUGCAUUCUUGUUCAUGCCCCAGGUUCAGGGGAAAUAUUUAUGCUUAUCAGUUUCAUUCAAGGCUUCAUGGCAAGACAUUUCACUGCAAGGCCCCUUGUUGUGCUUCCUGAAGGGAUAUUAGGUACAUGGAAGAGAGAAUUCCAGCAGUGGCAAGUGGAGGACAUACCACUGUAUGAUUUCGAUUCUAUUAAGGCUGACAAUAGAGUAGAGCAACUGGAAGUCCUAAAAUCUUGGAGCUCUAAGAGGAGCAUACUCUUUGUUGGAUCCAAGCAUUUCACCCAAAUUGUCUGCGAUGAUAGGGAUGAAAAUGCUGUAGCUGAAUGCAGGGACACGCUUCUUAUGGUCCCCAGCUUGUUGAUACUUGAUGAGGGCCAUACACCUAGCAUUGAUGAGACUGAUAUGCUACAAUCUGCGCGCAAAGUGCAAACGCCAUGCAAAGUGGUCAUGUCUGGUACACUCUUCCAUAAUCAUGUCAAGGAAGUGUUUAACACCUUGGAUCUUGUACGCCCAGGUUUUCUCAAGACGGAGACAUUCUGGCCCAUUGUUACACGUAUGAUGGGUCAACUAGAAAUAUCAAGUGCCAGGAGUAUAACAGAGAUCUCUGAGUCAAUGGAAGAUACCCUGCUGAAUGAUGAUAACUUCACAAGAAAAGUUAAUGUUAUCAGAAGUCUUGGAGAACUAACCAAAGAUGUGCUUCACUACUGUAAGGGUGAGGACUUGAAUGAAUUUCCUGUCUUACUAGACUUCAGUGUGUUCUUGGAACUCAGUCCCAAGCAGAAAGACAUUCUUUGCAAGUUAGAAGAAGACCAUGGGAUGCUCAAAACAAGCGCUGUAGGGGCUGCACUCUAUGUUCACCCUUGCCUUUCAGAAAUUUCUGAAGCUAAUGAUGUUGAUAGGGAUGACAGAGUUGAUAGUUUGGUCAACAGCAUCAACCUGGGAGAUGGGGUGAAGGCCAGGUUUUUUCUGAACAUCCUUGCGCUUGCCAACUCUGCAGGAGAGAAAUUAGUUGCUUUUAGUCAGUAUACACUCCCCAUGAAAUUUUUGGAAAGGCUGCUGGUUAAGGAGAUGGGCUGGCAUGUAGGGAAGGAAAUUUUUGUGAUAAAUGGUGAUACUAGCAUGGAAGAUGGACAAUUGGCAAUGGAUCAGUUCAACGGCUCUGCCGAUGCAAAAGUUCUGUUUGGUUCCAUCAAGGCAUUUGGGGAGGGCAUCUCCCUUGUGGGUGCAUCAAGAAUUGUCAUCCUAGAUGUUCACCUGAACCCGUCUGUUACGCGCCAAGCCAUCGGGAGCACAUUCAGGCCUGGACAGAAGAAGAAAGUGUUUGUGUAUAGACUUGUAGCUGCUGAUUCUCCAGAGGAGAAGGCCCAUGAAACUGCAUUCAACAAGGAAGUCAUACCAAAGCUAUGGUUCCAAUGGAGCGGGCGCUGCACAACUGAAGACUUCAAGCUGAAUCAAGUCUGUAUCGAUGGCUCCAGAGAUGAAUUGUUGGAGACUGAUGUUAUUCGUCAGGAUAUCAAGGCUUUGUAUCAAAGGUAAACAAGCAAGCAGGCAGGCAGGCUGGCUGUUGUACACCCAUGUGCACAUUGUAUUGCUGAUCCUAUGACAUGAUCAUUGCUCUGAAAUGUGGUAUUUCCUCCAGGAUCAGUGUUACAGUGACUACACUGUGGUGGCAAGCUAGGACAGUUUUACAUUUAUCCAAGACUUCGUUAAUUUCAUGUUCAUCGAGACUUCUUUUGUAGUUUCUACCAAUUGGGGACAGAGAUCAGGGAGCUGAUACUCCUCUAUCCUUUCUCCUUUGGUUGUUGUGUGUACCCAGGUUUUUGUGUGUUCGAACCUGUUGUCGCGGAUAUUGGGUCAUUUGCUCAUACUUUUUUAAUAGGGAUUGAUACAUGUUCCCUUUCCUUUUGAUGUUUGUGUUACUAUACUUGGUGUUGUGCAGGUAACAAAAAUUAACAGCCAUAGGAAGGUGUGGCCAUCUCAAUGAUGUGUCCUAAAAUGGUCAGUACCCUAUAUCUAAAAGCUGCAUACCAGUAAUAUAGUUCUUUGGUUGGUUAUGCUUCUGCCCUUGUCUAUGAUUCAGUAUUGACAUGGGUUUAGUCAGUGAAGCAACAGUUUGUUUUAAUAAUGUGUCCAGCUCAGGACUCAGUGUCCAUGAUACUGGCGGUAAGCAUUGUUGAAUUCGAAAUUUUGGAUUCGAAUUUUUAUCUGAUAAAUUCUGGUAAACGUAGGUAAUGUUAUAGGCCAAGGUGACCAAGAUUCUGAAAAAAACCGGUACUUAAGCAUUGCCUCUGAAACUAUGUUAGUCCACUUUGUUCAUGUGUUCUCCUUCGUCUGUGUCCCUGUAAAUACAACAUGUUCUCUCUCAAUAUGUAGAGAAAUCUUAUGGUUCUUGAUUGGUACCCGGGAAGUACCAUUUUCUAGUGUAAAAUUUGGUAUUUCCUCGUGGAUGGGAAAAAUCACCCUUAUACGUAUCUUUCGUAUUUUGUACGACGAAAAGGGGCAGAUUGCCUUGCUUGCAAGCAAGGGCAGCAUCAAGGAUAAGCAAGAAGCUUGCAAAAGCUGGAGGUAUCCAAGUAUCCAUCCAUGGCUAACUGAAGCAGUGGUACUGGCAGUGACAGUAAGCACUGUUGGUGUUCACCUUUGGCUAUCCAACUUUCCACACAGCCAAAGGAUUCUUCUCUCUCUUGGUUUCUUCUUUUCUUUCUUUUCUUCUUUUUGUCACCACUUUCCUUUUGCUUUGACAAAGGCAACUGCUGAAGCCGACUGGGUAGUAAUCAUCAAUUCAAACCGAAUUGAUCUUCUCUUCUCAAGUGAGCUCAAAAGUAUUGGGGUCUAGUGCGUCCUAGAUCUUUGGCAAAAUUAGGAGUAUUAGGCAUGUGACAAGAGAGAGACACAGACAAAUCAUUGUACAGUGAAGACAUAAGCUCAUUUUACCUCUUGACUAAAGAAAAGAUCAGAUGUUAAAGUCGAUGGUAUAAAUCGAACUUUUUCUUUAAGAAACACGGACAAAA